AUGUAUUUCUCCGCUGUAUCGGCCGCCGGGAAAGAAAGAAAGUUAGGAAAUCCUAGUGAUGAAGCACAUGUAGAGGAGCUGAGUUCGGAAGAGCAGGCAAACAAGCGAUGCCCAAGCGGGGAUACCCGAUGGAAGGCUGCAACAGAUGGAGAAAUAGAGUGUAUGUGUGUGUGUUGGCGAGGCUGCAUGCAUGUCCAACCCAAUAGCAUCGAAUCCACACUAGGUCACGAUCCCACUUCGCCGCAUCUCAGAUCAAGGAAAUCGUGCAACCUGCAUGAUAGGCGGAUGCAUAAUCAAACUCGAUAUUUGUCCGCCAUUCUGCUGUCGGCAGAGGCGUGGUGUGAUAGCGGGCCAAUAGAUGCAUGGCACUAUGAAACGAGAUUGCGCGGAGCUGCAGAUGCCCAAUUUUCCAUCCGGGCUUCGAGAAGCUUUGGCAUGUGGUUGUUGAGGGGUGGAAAAGUGGUGGCAGAGCAUACAUAUAUGCAUGCAUGUCAACUCGCAGAUGCUCGGCUGGCUGCUCGGCGAGAGAGGAGGGUGGAUGACGAAGCGAGGCUGCGUCUCGUAUCGGUAGGAGUUCGGAGGUAUGGAUAUGUUGAGGAUGGGCAUUACUGCUUUGCCGAGUGGGAAUUGGAAAAGUAUGUAGGGUUUCAUUCGUAG